UACGCACCGUGGGGCUGCGAACGCGCUCACUUGACGCGGUACUGUGCUUUACGGAACAGGGUGUGUUCUCCUUCGCGCGCGUCAACAGUUCGCCGUCUUUCAUCACCGCUCCUCGCGCAUCCGGCUCCUUAACUGCCGCAAACCCGCGGAGGGCCUGCAGGACACGGCUGCGCGAGCACGAGCGCGAGGAGUAGCAGAAGCGGGAGUGGAGUGGAGGAGAGGCGAGGCGCGGUGCAUCGAGGCGCACCUCCCGUCCGUCGACGCAGCGGGGCGCGGACGGAGGGAGGGACGGACGGAAGAGGGAGGGGGCAGGCAGGCAGGCAGCAGAGAGACUUGCGGCACAGUGAGUCUCCGUCCCGGGAGCGACGCGUCUUGACGGCGCCGCCCGAAGCCGCACAGCGGUAGCGAAGAAUCCCACUCAUGGUCACGGUGCCACCUAGGACAGGCUGGGACCAGAGCGACAGAGCUAGCGACGCACACGCAGACUGCCAACCAGCAUGGCUUCCAUUGCCGACUACUAUGCGGGGAAGAGCGUGCUCAUCACAGGGGCCACGGGCUUCAUGGGCAAGGUGCUGGUGGAGAAGCUGCUGCGCUGCUGCCCUGGGGUCAGCGCCCUCUACGUGCUGGUCCGGCCCAAGGCUGGCCAGUCCAUGCAGCAGCGCGUCAGCGACAUGAUGAAGUGCAAGCUCUUUGACCGCGUGCGAGAGGAAGACCCGGACUUCCACAAGAAGGUGGUCCCCAUCAGCAGCGAGCUCACCCAGCCCGGCUUGGCUAUCAGCCCGCAGGAUGAAUCCAAGCUGGUCGCCUGCGUCAACAUUGUCUUCCACUGUGCGGCCACCAUCCGCUUCGACGAGCCUCUCAAACACGCCCUGCAGCUGAAUGUGAUCGCCACGCAGCAGCUGCUCAGCCUGGCCAAGCAGAUGCACAACCUGGAGGCCUUUGUGCACAUCUCCACUGCCUAUGCAAACUGCAACCGGAGGCACAUCGACGAGGUCAUAUACCCCCCGCCCGUGGAACCCAAGAAGCUCAUCGAUUCCCUGGAGUGGAUGGAUGACGGUAUGGUGCGCGACAUAACACCCCGCCUCAUCGGAGAGCGACCCAACACCUACACCUACACCAAAGCGCUGGCCGAAUGCGUGGUCCAGCAGGAGAGCGACAAGCUCAAUAUCGCCAUCAUUCGACCUUCCAUCGUCGGUGCCAGCUGGCAGGAGCCCUUUCCGGGCUGGAUCGACAACUUCAAUGGACCAAGCGGAGUCUUCAUUGCCGCGGGGAAGGGCAUCCUGCGCACCAUGAGGGCCAACAACGAUGCCGUGGCCGACCUCAUCCCUGUCGAUGUGGUCAUCAACCUCACCCUGGCCGCUGGCUGGUACACGGCUGUGCACAGACCAAAAACUGCACUGGUGUAUAACUGCACGACAGGAGGCAUCAACCCGUUCCACUGGGGAGAGAUCGAGUACCAUGUGAUGUCCACCUUCAAGAGGAACCCGCUGGAGCAGGCCUUCCGAAGACCCAACGCCAACAUCACGUCCAACUACCUGAUCAACCAGUACUGGAUCCUGGUCAGCCACAAGUUCCCCGCCCUGCUGUACGACCUGUACCUGCGCCUCUCCGGGCAGAAACCCCACAUGAUGCGCAUCUUCAACAGGCUCCACAAGGCCAUCAGCCUGCUCGAGUACUUCAGCAGCCAGGACUGGGAGUGGAACUCGGACAACAUGAGCAUGCUGAUGGGCCACCUGAGCCCGGAGGACAGGAAGACCUUCAACUUUGACGUCCGUCAGCUGAACUGGCCCGAGUACAUUGAGAACUACUGCAUCGGCACCAAGAAGUACGUGCUGAACGAGGAUAUGUCCGACAUCCCGGCAGCCCGGCAGCACCUCAGGAAGCUGCGUAACAUCCGCUACACCUUCAACACACUCCUGCUGGUCUUCAUCUGGCGUGUUUUCAUCGCCCGCUCCCAGAUGGCCCGCAACAUCUGGUACUUCGUGGUGAGCCUCUGCUUCAAGUUCCUGUCCUACUUCAGGGCAUCCAGCACCCUCACCAACUGAGGAGGCCUUGCCUCCCCGCCCCACCCCACCGACCGCAGACUCGCCCCUGCCCACGCCCACCCCAUCAUGGAACCCAAAGCAAUGGAUCAGUCUGAGUGAGAGAUGGAGGUAACCCAAGAGAUGGAGAUGGAGAUGGGGUGGGGAGGGGAUAGGUGAGAUGGUUUUAUGUCAGCCAUUACAUGGCCUCGUUUGGCGCUGAGAGAUUGGUUUUUUUUUAUUUUUUUUUUUAUUUUAUUAUGAAUUCUGUUUUCCUUCACAAGCUGCCAAUUCUGUUUUUAAUCGUUGCACCGCAAAGUGUCUCAGCUGCAGUGUUUAAUACCAGAUCCUCCUUUUCUUACAAUGGCUUUGUUUAAAGCGAUAAAUUAUAUAUGCAACUAUAACCCCCUUGUCUGUUGUAUUUUUUUUCCAUUGACCAUCUACGCGAAGACCAGACUCAAUGCCUUGAAGUAGACGUGACCAUUUAAAGCGUACUUGAAUAAUGACGGUGUUUUGCUGAAGGACUGUUAUCGUACCUGAGUCUAAACGCUUGAAUUUUUAAGUGUCUGCAGUGUGCAGCUACGCUUUUUUUUGAGGGGGUGGGGGACGCUCGUGGCACUCGGACAGGCGGUUGCGGCAGCGGGGUUCACUUUGCACGUAAGCAAAUGGAACUGCGAGGAGUGGGGGAGGGGCUUGCGCUCACAUGUGGGACACGUAAAAAUUUCCAUAGAGCUGGUCGCGCUGCAGCCCUUGUCAGAAAUGUUUCCCGUGAGGUGUGUGUGUUUUCAGUGCUCACAGCGCAUCGCCUAACAGCGAGCGCUCAUGGAUACUCCUCGGUUUGGUCGCCGCUAAUCCACACUGCCUGUUUGUACAGUGGUUUCUAUGGAAACCGAGUUUACGACGUUCUCAUCUUUCCAGUAGUGUGGCCGACGGGUUUCUCUCCUUAGCUGAGGGUUGUGACGCGUGCGUAAGGACAAAUGUGUGUGUCCACCGGUGUGCGUUUCAAUGAUGGUCUGUACAUAUGUGGUUAGCUGCUCUUUAGAGUACGCGCAUCCGUUUCUCCUACGCACACUUUCCCAAAGAUUCUUUCGCUGUAGGUCAUGGCCGUCCCGUAAGUCUUGUAUUUCCGAGUGCAAAGUUAUCGAACAAAUGUGCUUUGUCUGAUCCGAACUCGUGUUGCGGUGAUUCUCUCCACGGAUCAUGUGAGAACUGUUUAUACCCUUCCUGCUGUGAGCCGUGACAAAAGGCAAAAGCAUCGUCCCCUUGUAGCGGGUUGCUAUGGUAACCGCCUGUUUCUGUGGCCGGGCCGUGAUGGGAGUGACCCUUGCAGUCCCUCCGUACUGAUGCGUUUCUUCAGUUUUCUGCAGCCGGAUGCAGCGGCUGAAGAACGUGGGGACUGGAGAGCAGCGGGCUGAUGAUGAUGAUGAUGAUGAUAAUGGAGGUGAGGUCUGCUAGCCCGUUGCCCGUGCGGCGUCUCGUCCGAACCGCUGCCCUUCCCUCCGAAACUGCGCUCUUCCGUCGGCGGUGUGCGAGGUGACCCGUCCUUGUGCCUCCACUGGGCAUUUCGUAGAACCUCCCGCUCUGCUCCUGCUCCACACGGAAAGAAACAAUUGGCUAUAAAUAAACCAGCAAACUAAAAACAGAAGAAAAAGUAAACCCGUUUUGUGUGUCGGCCGCUCCCCACGUCCCCUUCUCCCAAACCACCGUAGCUUCACGUGCUGCUACUGCCAUAUAAAAAUUGUGAAUAUAUACAAAAACCAGAUUGCUUUAUUUUCCUAAAACGUGUGUGUGUGUGUGUAUAUACAUACCAGUCUGUGUCCGUCCUCGUCUCGGUGUCGCGUCCGUCCCUCGGGGCGUCCCCGUACACAGCGAAAUGCCACCGCACCCACGAAGGACAGUGUCCUAGCUAAAGGCCUCCCAGAAAGUCGUGAAGACUAAAGCGUGUUUGUCAAAACCGCACCGUAGUAAAUAGCAUUCGAGUGCCAAACCCACCUUCGGCAGCCGCUGGGAUCUUGUAGGUUUUUCGGUUGUUUUUGUCCGAGUGACUAGAAGGAACAUUGCCCUCUGCUUCCCACCUGCAGCGUGAGCACCGCUCUUCGUCUUUCCCCUGGAUCCUCCCGCAGAACGCAGCAGCCCGUGGUCCGAGCGCACGCGUUCGUGUCGGGAGGCCGAGGAAAUGUGCCGUUUGCUGUCCGCCGCCCCUCUGAGGUGUUUACUUCCUCCCGACACACGGAGCUGUUAGCAGAACUGUCCCUGGCGUCGCUGCCUCCUCGCUACCCACAAUGCAUCGCUCCAUUGCAGUGUCCCUUCCGUCCUCCUGGAAUGUGUGCGCGCACGUGUGUAUGUAUACCCACGCGCACACAAAUAUGGGUAGAUGCAUCAUUUAUUGUCCUCAAAAGUGUUCAAAUCACUCUAAAUGAUAUCGAUCAUUUUCGUGUGCUUUGCCAGGAAAAAUCACUUAAAUUUCUUUUCGCUUAGUUUAUAUGAUUGGCGAAUUGAUAAUAUUCGGAACCGCAGCUCACUGGGAUCCAGCCGAGCAUUUAUAUGACUGCGAAGCUUUCAUAAGAGCGCGUUUCUAUUCCCUGCUUUGCCGAAAGCGACCGUUCGUGUCGUCUGACAAGCGGUCAAAGUGCUGAUGGUGCGCUUACUGUUGGGUUAUUACUCUGCUGCGUGUUCACCUUAGCUACCAUUACUUGAGAUGCCAUAAACCAGAAUAAAAACAUAAUGGGAGUUGUUAUUCGCCCACUGUGUGCAACGCCGGAAACAAUCCGGCCGACUCGAUACUGCCGAAACGCCUGCUGGUCCGAGAGCUCGGCAGCCACAGCCGCGGUGGCUUAGGGAGAAACGCGUCUCUGCUCAGGUAGGGCAGGUUCCCUGCGAAGGCUUGUGGUCCGCAGCAGCGUGGAGCGAACGGAGCGCUCUUGGCCUUAUAGAGUGGGAGAGGAGUUGGAGGUAGAGUAGGAGGACCUCGACCGCAUUCCACGUUGGUAAGAAACCACGUGUCUCGUUUCUAAAGCCACUGCAGAGGAACACCUUAUUGUCUUAAAAAUAAAUAAAUAAAAGGAAAGCGUGAAUCUUAGACAAGUUGCCUAAAGCAACGACUCUCACCCUUGCAGAGCUAGCUGAGAUGUACUGCCAUAGGGACACGUCAAACUGCACAAAAACGCACGUCCCCGCCACCGACUGCGCCCUUUCCGCACCUCACGGACAGACGUUUUUGACAAAGUGGUGCGUUUUCCGCGGAGCGCUCGACACACUUUGGCGAUGGACGUUCGGCAUGAGGUGACUCUCCUGGGCAGAUUUUAAAAAUCAGCACAACUCUUUGUGGGAAUUGCAUGUGGUUCCCCCCCCCACCCCACCCCACCCCACCCCACAGCAACUCAAACAGAGCUGCUCACGUCCCCUUUUUCAGUCACGUUGUGUACUUUAUAGACGCGAGGAACACACUGCUGGAUGUACAGCCUCCGCACUGCAUGAAUUUGUGCUGAAACCCACUGAUAGGGAUAGAGGUACAACUGAGACGACUCUCUUCAUGUUAUCUGUUGGCAUCACAUACUGUGGACCCAUCCGGUAUUUUCUGUACAUUCGGUGUCCUUUCUCCUCCCUGUGACGCUCACAUGGUAUUAAUUUACGAUGUGUGGUUUUAUCAGCUGUGUAUCACCUCUUGUAAACCUUCACAAAGGAAAUAAAAGGGAAUAAAUUCACACCGUUUCAUGGUCCUUUUUUAAUUUUUUUAAGAACUUGGAGACAGCGACUGCACAGUGCUCGGAAAAUGCAAAACGUGGUUACAGCCUUUAAAAAGUGUGUGUUGCGUUUUUAAACUGUACAAGAUGUUUGUCACUGCUGAGAGGAGUACAGUGUGUGCAGAGUCAUUGUGAAUGGAGCCA